CAAAAAGCAUUUUCUUCAGUUUUUUGCCUCGCCUGACCGGAAACAAGAAGAUAUCUCCACACCCGACACAGUUCUAGAAUCAGCACGACAAGGCGCAUCUUUCUAUGCAAUAAUAUCGACAAAAAAAGACUGCUAUAGUUUUGCUGUUCCGGCACCUUACUUUAAUUAUCAUUAUAUUGGAAUGAAAUAUCAGAUAUAAGUAUGGAAUAUAUUUCACAUACAUUAGCAUUAAAUAAAACACUAAGUGCCUUUAAUAUUGGUCAUAAUAAAAUUAGUUUACAUGGUGCAAAAGUAAUAGCAUCGAUGUUAGAAAUAACCAGAACACUUUUGUAUCUAAAUAUUAGUGAAAAUUCAUUGACAGAUGAUGGUUUAGUAUCGAUUGCCAAAGCAUUAAAGCUCAAUAAAAGUUUAGUUAGACUCGAUAUCGAUGAAUGUGGUUUUUCUGAUAAAGGUUUAUCAGAACUUUCAAAAGUAUUAACUGAAAAUUCAAUAUUAACCCAUUUGUCAAUGUUUAGAAAUGAGCAUAUUACAGAUGAUGGUAUUAAUACACUUUUAAAUGCUUUAGAGAUUAACAAAAAUUUUCGGUAA